AUGCCGUCGCCAGCUAACAACCGUGCGUCGGCCGCAGCGCUGUCGCCGUUUGGUCGCAACAGCCAGAACGCCGCUCUGCUCGCUAAAGCGAACAAAGCAAGUUCAACACCACCGUCUUCACCCUCGUCCAGCAACUCGAAUCGACAAGCGCCCUCGACACCAAAAUCAUCCAAGGCUUCAGCGCUAGGUACUGGGAAUACUGGUGGCGGUAGCGGAGGCAAACGAAGCAUAUCGCUCUCCUCGCGCUCGUCUCCUCUCCCAUCGAGUCGGUUGACGUCGCCUCCGACUCCUGGCGCAAGCGCUGGUGGCAGCUCGUCGUUUUCGAUGUACGAUUCGACAGGAUUGUUGAGCAGGGACUUUGAGACUACAUACCAUCGACAGUGUCGUACGUUGCUGGUGACGUUUGUUGCAGCAGCAAGGAUGUGGGAAGAGAUUGCGACAUUUGACGGACUCAAGUGGGCCAAAGAAGCUGUGGAUGGCUGGGAAGAGGUGUAUGCUGCGAACAGGAUCGGCGAGCCCGAAUCUGGUGCAACGCGACAGGCGAAAGGAGCUGCAGGAGCAUAUAACUCAAGCGUUCAAGAUAAGAAGAGAGCACUAGCAUUAGAUGCGAAGCAAGCAUGGGAUCCGAUGGUGGGUCCGGGCGGAUGGAGGGAAACGAGACUAGCUGACGCAGUGGAUCGCAUAGAAUCUGCACACGAUGGUCUAACAACAGUUGUCGAUCGACUCACAAAAGUGCUCAACAAGCUCACCAACGCAUGCGACUCACUACGCGCACUGUUGGACGAAGCAUCGCAGAGGAACGGGCUCGAGUUUGCGUUUCAAGAGCCCAUGUGGGCCACCUGGCCAUUGGAACCUUUCGUCGAACGAACCGCGGAGCUGACAAGACAAUAUCGUAUCUCGACGCACCACCUUCAAGUUUUGGUGCCGACGCUGAUUCAGUCCGGCGAACCGCCUGCGUCGGCUGGUACGCGCAAACAUGGUGACCAAGAGACGGUAGAGAGGCGCAGCAAGCAUAGGCGAGCGGCCUACGAGGCGUGGAUCGCUCUGCCAUAUCUCGACACAAGGGGCUCGCACAGUUUGGUUGGAUUCGAAGCGGUUUGUGAGGUCGAAGUGGGCCGAUGGAAGGAGUAG